AAGCAGGCGCAUUAAUUAAUUGUUGGUCGUUUGUUUAUUUACUCGGUGGAAGUCUCGAGAGUAAUCGCCCGUGUGAUAGAUGUUCGCUUCGUCCCAGCCAGUGUUUGUCUAACCCCCGAAUGUUAUCGUUUCGUGCCCGUGAAGGCCAAACAAAAGUGUACACACGGUAGUGGGCGCGUGUUCUGGCUGCUCCUGUUUGCGAGGAUGUCGUGCCGAGUGCCCGUCCUGGUGAUCCUGGGCGCAACGGGCAGCGGAAAAUCGAAGCUGGGCAUCGAGCUGGCCCGCCGCUUCAGCGGGGAAAUCAUCUCCGCCGACAGUAUGCAGGUGUACAAGGGCUUGGAUAUCGUGACGGCGAAGGUGACGAAGGAGGAGCAGGCCCAAGCGGUGCACCACAUGAUCGACAUAAACGACCCCCUCAAAGAGUACACGGUGGUCGACUUUAGGAACAAAGCCCUCUCGAUCAUGGACAGUAUGAUAAAAAGUAAAAAGACGCCGAUCAUUGUGGGUGGCACCAACUACUACAUCGAGUCGUUGAUCUGGCAGACGCUCGUCGACAAUCCAAAACGAGCAGGCGGUGACGACGAGGACAGCGGACUCGACGAAUCGCUGAUCAAAGUUCGACGAAUCGACGGCUCGAGUAACGAGGAGCUGCACAAAAAAUUGAUGCAAGUCGAUCCGGACAUGGCGCUGCGCGUCCACCCCAACAACAGGCGAAAAGUCAUCAGGUGA